UCGCAAUUGAAUUCGAAAAAAGCCUCCCCACUGUGAUAGAUAACUGGGAUGCGAUACGGCAACUGUCAGACCAUUAGAAUCUCAUCGGUGUGUAUCCGACUUUUAGCUAAUUAAUGCUCGUCCCUACUCAUGCGGUGCGCGAUGGAGCCCCCGAGUAGUUGGUUGGCGGCUACCUCAACAACAUGUUGCAUCCAAAACUAGGUCAGGCUCUGCGUGUUGCGUACUACCACGCGCUCGUCUUUGGCCUGAUGGGGACCACGCUGCAUAUUCGUGGCAAUAGCCGGCUCAUCCGCGUGGAGAAGGUUUCUUGGAUAUAUCUGGCCUACAGUCUCGUCAUCAGCGGCGGUCUCCUGCUGGACACCUACUUUAUGGUGCCGAAGGCCAUCCUGGAUGGCUACAUUCACCACAACAUUGUGCUGCAGUGGAACUUCUUUUUGAUGCUGGGCCUGCGAAUAGUGACUAUUGUCUGCUCCUAUGGUCUCGUCUGGCUGCAGCGUCGGAAACUGGUGAAGCUCUAUGUGGAUUCGCGGCAUCUCUGGAGGAACUACAGGCGCCUACUCAAGCGUAUGGUAGACCAGCAGGACCUAGAGAAGCUGCAACUCUCACUGACGAGCCUUUUCUGGCGACAGACCAUUGUGGUCUAUGGAGCUCUGCUCUGUUCGAGUGUCGUUCAGUAUCAACUGCUCAGCGUGAUUAACCGUCAGAGCUUGACGGCCCUGUGCGCAAGGUUAUCCCAGCUCCUGCACGUCCUGGCAGUCAAAAUGACCUUCUAUGCGCUGCUCCUGAUGCUUGAUCAUCAGUUCCAGGCGGUGCUCCUGGCCCUCAGGACUCUCCAAAGGCGCAAAGGUGGAAAACAGAAGGCGAAGGAUCUUCGCCGCAUAGCAGCCCUGCAUUUGGACACAUAUCACCUGGCCAGGCACUUCUUUGGCCUGUACGAUGUUGCCAAUGCAAUGUUGUUUAUCAAUAUGUGUGUGACCACCACGAGCAUCCUGUACCAUGCCGUGCAGUACAGGAACCAGUCAAUCCCAUCCGACGGCUGGGGUAACCUCUUUGGCAGUGGCCUUGUUUUGUUCAACUUGUGCGGGACUCUGAUGCUCAUGGAAAAGCUGGAUCGCGUGGUCAGCUCGUGCAAUGUGGGCCCGGCCCUUCGACAGUUUUGCGAUCUCCGGAAGAUCAGCAAAGAACUUCAAAUGGAGUUGGAGGUUUUUUCUACUCAGGUGCAUCGUAAUCGUUUGGCUUAUAAAAUCUGCGGCCUUGUGGAGGUCAACAAUUCCGCCUGCCUCAGCUACAUUGGUUCCAUUCUCAGCCAUGUGAUCAUCCUUAUGCAGUUCGAUAUAAGGCGCCAGCAGAUGGAAUAGGAAGCCUAUAGGCGAUCUGACAAAGGACCAGGGCAUUGCUAAAUACAGAAGAGGUCAUCGCAUGGCCGGAGGCACGACUCAGGUCGAAGAGGCCCAAAAUGUGAAGGUGUCGCACGCGUUGCGGCCGCGCUUGGAGCUUCCGAUUGAGAGGGAUGUUCCCACAUACCUUCCUGGAGAGAACAACUUCCGCAGUAAGACCAGCGCCAUUCUGUGACUGAUUCAGAAACCAGAGAUGUUGCAGCUGCUCUUGGAGCUUCCGCCACUUGGAAGUAUUCGUAUGAAAGAUGGAAAACUGCAUCAUGACCUCGCAAUGGUGGGCGAGGAACACAAAGAGCAUGAUGAGGCACGUCCACAAGCUAAAAUCUUUGGAAUAGUCUAUGUAAAUCCACAGGCGAAAGACGGUGGCAAUGCUGAAGAUAUAAGUGGUGCCCAGAUUGAACAGAAUCUGCCACUGAAAGAUAUCCCGGAGCUGCCUGAGAAGAUCAUCCAGAUGCAGGCAUCGAUGCCAGAGUAAAAGCCAGGCGGACAGGAUUUGCCUUAGGCCCAUAUCUCGAGGACGACCCAAGCGCUUUGGCAAGACCUCCACAUCAUCAAUCAUUUCCUGGAGCCGUUCCGUCAUGCUCGAGAUCAACCAAUUGCCAGACACAUGGAUCAUGUACACCGUGACGUCCACAUAGGUCACCAUCAGCUCCAUGAUCAGGGCAUACCCCAUCGCGGCCAAGUAGAAGGGCGCCACACCUGUCCGAUCCAAUGUGUAUUUACAGUGCAUCAGAGAAUUGGGCGUCAGGAGGAUUUGGAUGAGCAUCACAAAUCGGGAGCUGGUCAGUGUCACCUUCCACAGGCAGAGCCUCCGCACGUGGUUCAGCGCGGCGGAGCGGAAGUGAAACAGCAGCUUCAGGUAUUCAUUCCCCAGACCCUCCAUCCGGCAACGCCUUAGCCAAACGCCGCCGAUGAGCACCAGCAUGCUGAAGAGCUUGGCCUGUCCCAUCACAUUGUAGACGGUAUCGAACAUGCCGAGCUGCUUGCAUCCGUAAAUGUUUCCCACCAGCAGGGAGAAGGCAAAGGGCAUGAUUAACACGUAGGCCACGUCCAGGACGAGGCAAUACACCACAGUAGGCACAUGAUUCAGCACUAGGCGAUGAUGAGGCGGAUCGUAGUGCAGGUUGCAGAGCCCGAUGAGGCGACUCAGCUCAAAGUAGAAGCGCAGCAGCGAAACGUGAACCAUGCUGCAGGUCGGUUGGCCAAGAACUAAAUGAAUUGCUUGGGUGAAUUGUGGCUUAAAUUGCCUCCUGGGACUGGUCAGGAGUGCUAAUCGGGUCCUGACAUGCAACAGGUUCUCAGAUUGAAUAGAUAUCUAUAGUAUUUUAGGGGUAAACGCUGUGUCCACAGCAAGGGAAAACGUACUACUCGUAUACAUUUCUGCGUGUGAUUUUCGAUCCUUGUGGACUUCAAGCUAAUAACGACAUGAGUAUAAACAGAGGUUUAAGUCUCUCAAUUCCGAACCGCCACAUCACGGCAUAUUUCGACAAGAAAUGUAUCCCAAGCAAUUAUAAAAACUAAACAGAAUGUUGUCUAAAACAAUGAAUUCCUACAAAGUAGAGGCUAUUAUCUAAACAUUGAUUCCACAAAAGAAAUCGCAGUCAUUCAUUUUACACUUAUCUAAAAAUUGAUUCAUUUAUUUCACUAUCUUUCGCAGUGUACACGUAUUUCAGUUAGUUGUUUGUCUGAGUGGGUUUUUUUUUGUUCUUAUCAAAAUACCUCUGGUUAAUGAUUGAAUGCUUCAACGAACAUCUGGCAAUCUCUUCUAUAUAUAUAUAUAUGUAUAUCUAAAUCAAGAUCUAUUUAAGACCUGUAUAUCUAUGUUAUUUCAUUAAAAAUGUAAGCUUAUGCGAUGUACUUGUACCACAACGAAAUGAUUGAUGCAGAAGCGUAGUCGUAUCGUUGUCCUAUGCGUAAACUAGUCGUUAAUCGUUGGCUUAGAUCGAGAAAACAAAAACUAAUAAUAAAUUCAAGCAUAUUAAUAUAAAAUCA